UGUAGUGUGUAGUACAUGAUUGACAACGAAGCACUGUGGUCUCAGAAUGUUGUCUUGAGUCGAACCAACAAUCAACGAGCGUUCUGACGUUGCUGGGCAACAUGACACCAAUUACGUUUUCCUUAGCAACAUGUGAAUGGGUCUUGGCAAGCGACUUGGAUUCAUGUUAUAAGCGGACUGCAAAUCACCUUAUUGCAAUGGAUGAAACGGCAAAACCACUAAGAAUUCCACCUGAAAUGGCUAUUUAUGCAGAGAAGCAUGAAAUAUUUGAUUUAGUCCAGACAUUGGUGACGAAUCUUAUGGUUGAUAAGCCAGAGGAUCCCAUCCAGUAUCUAAUCGUUCUUCUCAAAAGGGGCAGUGUUGAGGUACCCAGAGUGAUGUUGUUAGGUCCACCUGCAUCAGGGAAAAGAACUGUUGCCAGGAAGCUGUGUGAACACACUCAAGUGAUCCAUAUUACAGACAGCAACAUUCUGAAGGAAGACACUGACCUAACAAAGAAGGCACUACAGUACAAAGCCAAGCAACAGGAAAUCCCAGGUGACCUUUGGAUCAAGUUGAUUCAGCAACGGCUGUCGAAAAUAGACUGUGUCCGACGGGGUUGGGUGUUGGAGGGGAUACCUCAGACACGAGAGGAGGCCCUGUCCCUACAGGAGGCUGGAGUUGCCCCAAAUCAUGUUGUGUUGCUGGAGGCACCCGAUGCAGUACUGAUUGAACGGAGUCAGGGCAAGAGAAUAGACCCUGUCACAGGAGAUGUGUACCACGUCACGUUCAUUUGGCCCGAGGACAAGGAAGUGGUGCAGCGGUUAGAGCGCCUGAAGGCCGUGUCAGAAAAGCAGCUUGUCGCCCAGCUGAUGCAGCACCAUCGCGAGGUUCACGCCCUUCGCAAGACCUACCGCAACUGCCUGAAGGUCAUUGAUGCCGACCAACCGCAUGUGGACGUAUUUGACCAAGUGCUGACGUACAUUCUUUCGCGGCACUGUUCUGUGGCCCCUCACACCCCCAGGGUCCUCCUCUUUGGGCCCCCUGGCUCAGGCAAGAGUCUGCUGGCGAAACUUAUCUCUCAGAAAUACAACAUUGUCAAUCUUUGCUGCGGUGAGCUUCUGGAGGCGGUUUCUGCAGACGCGACCAAUAUGGGAGAACUCAUUAAACCUUACUUGGAAUCUGGACAGCAAGUGCCUGAUAGUAUGGUGCUGCAGAUCCUGACAGAGCGUCUCAGCAGGCUGGACUGUACCACACGGGGCUGGGUGCUGCAUGGCUUCCCCAGAGACCUGGAGCAGGCAGAGAAACUCCAGGAGUCCAACUUCAUCCCCAGCAGGGUCUUCUUUUUGGAGAUGACAGAUGACGUGGCCAUCGAGAGAGUCACUCUGAGGUCAAUCGACCCUGUCACCGGGGAGAGAUACCACUCACUGUAUAAGCCAGCCCCCAGUCCUGAGGUGCAGACCCGUCUGCAGUUCAAUCCCAAGGACUCCGAGGCCCAACUGCUCCGGCAGCUAAAGGAGUACUGGGCAAAUGCUUCCUCCCUGCAGGACCUCUACCCUGAGGCGGUGCAUAUCAACGCUGACCAGGACCCACACACCGUCUUUGAGUCCCUAGAGAGUCGUCUAGUCGGACGUCUUCAAAACGACGCCUGAAUUCUAAUCGAGACACCCACCCACCAUCAUGAUUUUUACGUUAACACGAGCGGAGUGAAGAUCCUUUUUAUUUAGUAUAACGUAUUGGGAUCUUAAUUGUAGAAAUAAAAGGAGUUUAUUGUUCAAACCCACUGAAGCCGUCAUCGUUGUCAUUUGUUUCCGCAUCCACUUUGUCUGUGGCCUCCUGACCAGUGGUGUAAAGUACUUAACUUCUUUUAAAUAUUUUAAAGUACUACUGAAGUAGUUUUUUGGGGUAUCUGUACUUUUUUAACUUUUACUUCACUACAUUCCUAAAGAAAAUAAUGUAGUUUUUACUCCAUACAUUUUCCCUGACACCCAAAAGGACUUGACAGGAAAAUGGUCCAAUUCCCACACUUAUCAAGAGAACAUCUCUGAUCAUCCCUACUGCGUAAUAUCUGGCGGACUCACUAAACACAAAUGCUUCAUUUGUAAAUUAUGUCUGAGUGAUGGAGUGUGACCCUGGCUAUCCGUAAACAAAAAAAAGAAAAGAAAAUGGUGCCGUCUGUUUUGCUUAAUAUAAGGAAUUUGAAAUGAUUUGUACUUUUACUUUUGAUACUUAAGUAUAUUUUAGCAAUUCAAUUUACUUUUGAUACUUAAGUAUAAUUAAAACCAAAUCCUUUUAGACUUUUACUGAAGUAGAAUUUACUGGGUGACUUUCACUUUUACUUGAGUAAUUUUCUAUUAAGGUAUCUUUACUUUUACUCAAGUAUGACAAUUGUACUUUUUUCACCACGCUCCUGGCCCUAAUCUUCACAAGGUGCACUGGUUAACUCUGCUUUAUUAACAUAUAGAAGUAAAACUGCUGCUUGGUUCAAGUCCUCUGUACAGGGGAGCCAUUAGUUAGCCAUCAGGGAGACUUAAGUGCAGCAGUUAAACAAAGAUGUUAAUAUGGCAGGUUUUACAAAGUCCCCAAAGACUGGUCCAGGCUGACUUCAUUACUGCAGAUGAGUUUGAACAUAAUAUGCAUCUCCUUUGAAUAUUUUAGUAGUGGGAUUUUUUUAUGUGGUGGUGUUUUGAAAGUUUGUACUCUAGAGUAAAGAAACCAGUUCCCAUGCCCUCUUUAUUUUUUGGUGUUCCACUAAUCAGUGUAGUUCUGAUUUAUUUAGUAGACAAGUCUAUGUUUUCAUAAUGUGGGGAAUUGCUUACUUGAUAUUUUAGUCUGUAGUGUAAAUGCAGACUACCUGUAAAUGCAGGUGAGAAGACAGACUUGUCCAUCUUAUCAUAAGUAUCAGAAUCUAUUUCAAAGCUCUGUAUUUGUUGUUGGUCUCAACUCAGAAAAUGGACUUGUCAAUCAAUUCAAACAAUACCACUACAAAGCACGUUUUCUGAAUGUAAGAACUUGCUCCAUAUUAUGAUGUUGCAUUUGUCGUGACUUUCAUUAAUGUGAUGUCUUAUUUAUCGAAUCAACUAUGUUUAAUUGUUCCCCGAUUUAAAUUAAUCAUGUAACAAUUAACUCAUUAGGAAUUUGGGGCACCGCGGAAGAGUUGUUUAUA